AUGCCGGCGGCUGGGACGCCGAGCCCCGCGGACGUAGCUGUGAAGAAGAAAGGAUUGCACAUCGCCCCGGAGACGCGCAGCGCAGCGAUGAAGGCGCUGAACAACAUGAAGAAACGAGACCCCGGCUUCGAGAUUUCGGAGGACGCCUUGAAAACGUACGUGGUUUUGAAGGCCCUCUUGCCUUGCGACAAGAGCACGAUUACGAAGGGGAUGUUGGAGAGCGCCAAGGUGGACGUCGGCAGGAGCACCACGUUGGGCAGUAAGUACUACGUGCAGUGGCGCACGGCGUUGCCGGCGGCCCCCGCGGAGUGCCAGCGAUAUCUGCGGGGCGCCAGGGCGAUCGCUGACUUCCCCGCGGGCAUUUCCCCAGGCGACGUUUGGAUUUUCGCGAAGGGCGUGAACACCGACCUCAUCGGAGAUGAUUACCGAUACAUCAAGUCGGAGGGGACAAUUUCGAGGACGGUGGCCAUCGACGGCGGGGGCCUUCCCGCGCUGGCUGACGGAGGCGAGUCUCAGGAGGCGGCCCCAGCCGCCGCGGGCGGACCCCAGGAGGCGGCUCCAGCCGCCGCGGGCGCCGCUCCAGCGGAGGGCGCGGCGCCAGCGCCGGACUUGCCGCCGCAGGAGCCCGGCGCCGCCGCCGAGGAGGCGGACGUCUUCCGGACCAUCGCUGUGGCGCGAAAGGGGUUUGCGGAGAAGAAGCAGCGCGUGCCGCCAGAGGGCCAGGUGCAUCCGAGAACAGUUCUCUUCUGGGCGAACCGCUUCGCGACAUAUUUGUCGGAGCAGGACGCUGGGGUUGCGCCGGCGAGGUACGACCAGAAAUUGCUUGACUUUCUCAUGACGACGCUCCUCGGGAUGGAGGACUUCGGCGCCUUCCUGGAGUUCCGCCCUUUUCUGGAGGCCUUGGACGCGCUCCCGGGCGACGCGUUCCCGUCGAUUGGCAAGGCGAUUCUCCACCUGGCGCAGGCGGACGCGUCGUCGUGGGCGCCCGUGGACCCCCCUCUCGACGUCAAGGACCAGCCCCUCUUCUUCUUCAGCACCUUGUACACGGCGUUCGAGUCCGCGCGCUUCGAGGCGCGCCUGCUGUCGGCCAAGGGCGACGCGGUGGGCGAGCACGCCGACCGGUUGGAUGUCGCCAAGCGGCUGAAAGCCGAGGCCGCUUCCUGA